UUUCAUAAUAAGACUCUUUUUUUAUUUUUUGGUUUUGCUUUGAGCUCAAAAAAUUUAAUAAUGGAGUGGAUUCGUAGAGAAACAAUUGGUCACGGAAGCUUCUCUACGGUUAGUUUAGCAACUACCUCUGGAAGCUCUACAACGACGUUGUUUCCACCGUUAAUAGCUGUGAAAUCCUCCGGAGUUGUUUGCUCCGCCGCGUUGAUGAACGAGAGAUACGUUCUUGAUUACCUCGGAGAUUCUUCUGAGAUCGUGCGUUGUUUUGGUGAAGGGAAGACGGUGGAGAACGGUGAAGAGGUUUACAAUCUGUUUCUUGAGUAUGCCUCUGGUGGUAACCUUGCUGAUCGGAUCAAAAACUCCGGUGAAGGUUUGCCGGAGUUUGAAGUGAGGAGGUUCACGAGAUCGAUUGUUAAAGGGUUGUGUCAUAUCCACAAGAAUGGUUUCUCUCAUUGUGAUUUAAAGCUUGAGAAUGUUUUGGUUUUUGGUGAUGGUGAUGAUCAUGUCAAGAUUUCUGAUUUCGGUUUGGCUAAACGGACAAGAAGUAGUGAUGGGGUUAAUGAUGGUGGUGUUGAGAUUAGAGGAACUCCGUUGUAUAUGGCACCGGAAUGUGUGAACCACGGCGAGUUUGAGUCUCCGGCGGAUAUAUGGGCUUUGGGAUGCUCUGUUGUUGAGAUGUCUAGUGGUAAAACGGCGUGGUGUUUGGAUGAAGGAGAUAUGUUGAGGAGUAAUAAUGUUAUGUCUUUGAUGGUACGUAUUGGUUCAGGUGAUGAGGUUCCGAGGAUUCCGGUUGAAAUGUCGGAGGAAGGUAAAGAUUUCGUGAGCAAGUGUUUUGUUAAAGACGCGGCUGAGAGAUGGACGGCUCAGAUGCUUUUGGAUCAUCCCUUCUUAGCCGUUGAUGAUGGUCAUGAGAGUAGUGGGUCUUAUUUGAGUUUGAUGAGGUGUGGCGAAGAAGACGAAGCUUCGGUUUCGCCGAGGAAUCCAUUUGAUUUUCCCGGUUGGAAUUCGGUUCAUUCUCCGGUUAACGAAUCGGUUAGGUUUAGUUCAUUGGUAAGGUCGCCGGAGGAGAGAAUCAGUGGUUUGGUCAGUGAGAUGAUUGUGGUACCUGAUUGGUCGGUGUCGUGUGAUUGGGUCAACGUGAGGUGAGAAUUGGAGUUAGUUUUUUUUUUUCUUUGUUGUGGAGAAAGGACCAAGUCAUUGUGUUGUAGGAGAUUAUCAUGGGUGGGUCGUUUUACUAUUGACGGUCCUGAUUUAAUUUAGCUCGUUGACUAAUGUAAAUUAUACUAUUGAAAUCAGAAUAUUCUUGGAUGGAUGGAUGAAACUGAGAGUUUUUGUUGUGCCAUUGUAUGUUACUACUCUCUCUAAUCUAAUCUAAUAUUUAUUGUUACAAAGUUACAACUCAUCAUCAAUGUUUUUGUAACAGAGAUUCUCUCAAUUCGAAAAAGAAAAUAGAAAAGCUUUUGAUUUUAA